AUGCUUAGCCGUGCUGUACUACCUUUAACGAGGCCCGGUGUCCUUACUUCCACUAUCCGCGCAUCAGCUCUCUCAGUUCCGAAAUCGCGAUGGUACGCAAAGAGCACUAAGCCCAAGGCUCCUUAUAAGCUGCCAGAAUCCGUCAAGCCUUCGCAGUCCGAACAGCCCUCGUCUACUCCCAAACCAGAAUACUCGGCGGAACAAACCGAGUUCGAUACAAAGGCGGAUCCAGCGAAGAACGCUGCGCCGGAGGCUUCUGAAGCUCCCGAAACAAAACCUCAACAACCGCUUCCCGACCUCACCCAGGGUAUUCCGUCCACUCUUGCCGCAGAAUUAGAAGGUCGUACGAAGAAAUAUGGACAGACUUCAUUGAAUCUCACAGAGGACCCUUCGCGUUCCGAAGAUUAUACCGAUGAUGGCCGAGGUGAUAUUCCCAAGGAUGGCUACGUCUCCUCGCUCGAUCGCCGCAGGGCUCGUAUGGCCAACUUAAUGUACGCCCUUUUCCUCUUAGCCGGCGCUGGAGGAGUGGCUUACUUGGGACGGAACUGGGAGACGGAAGAAGAAGCGAAGGCCCACCCCGACAUUCCGUCCGGCUGGAGCUUCUCGCUCUGGUACAACCGCAUGAAGGCUCGUUUGAGCGAUAUCACCAGCUACUACAAGGAUCCCGCUUUCCCGAAGCUGCUCCCUGAUGAGGACCCUAAUCUCCGCCAGCCUUACACGCUUGUCCUCAGUCUGGAGGAUCUGCUUGUGCAUAGUGAGUGGAGCCGUGAACACGGAUGGCGCGUUGCCAAGCGGCCAGGUGUCGACUACUUCCUUCGUUACCUGAACCAGUACUACGAGCUUGUUCUCUUCACUAGUGUCCCCAGUAUGAUGGCAGACCAGGUUCUUCGGAAGCUCGACCCCUACCGUAUCAUCCGUUGGCCACUAUUCAGAGAAGCUACCAGGUACAAGGAUGGUGAAUACAUCAAGGACCUGUCAUACCUGAACCGCGAUCUGUCCAAGGUGAUCCUGAUUGAUACCAAGGAGGAGCAUGCGCGCCUGCAGCCGGAGAAUGCCAUUAUUCUCGACAAGUGGCUUGGUGACCCCAAGGACAAAAACCUUGUUGCACUGAUUCCCUUCCUCGAAUACAUUGCUGGUAUGGGUAUCGACGAUGUGCGCCCUGUAUUGAAGUCAUUCGAGGGUACUUCCAUCCCUGUUGAAUUCGCCAAGCGCGAGAAGAUCAUGCGUGAGAAGUUCGAAAAGGAAAUGGAGGAGGAGCAGAAGAGGCGGCCCAAGCGGGGAGUGGGCAGCCUGGCAUCUGCUCUGGGCUUGAAGUCUACCCGCACGCUGGACGGCGAACAGAGCCCAUCCGAGGGCCUGGCUCAAGGCAAGAUGCUCUGGGACCAGAUCCGUGAACGAGGCCAGAAGAAUUACGAGAUGAUUGAGAAGGAGAUCCGUGAGAACGGAGAGAAGUGGCUCGCGGAGAUGGCCGCGGAAGAGGAGAAGGCUCGUCAGGAACAAAUGAAGAUGAUGAAGGGUUCCUUCACCAGCAUGUUUGGUGCUGGUAAGCAGUAA